AUGGGCGUCCAGGGCUUGGCUUCUUUCGUGGAAAAACAUCCGAAGGUUUACCGUGAGGUCCAGUUCAACAGGAGCCGGCUGGUGAUUGACGGCUGCAACCUGAACUACCUGCUGUACUUUGGCUCAGGUCUGGACCAGAAUCAUGGUGGAGAGUAUGCCGCCUAUGAGAACCUGAUUGAGAGAUUCAUCACAGCUCUCAGAACCUGUGAAAUCUCUCCAUAUGUGGUUCUAGAUGGAGGUUCUGAUGUAACUGAUAAAAAGGUGGAGACAGUGGCGAAGAGGACUGAGGAUCGGGUGAAGAGGGCACACAUAGCAGCAGUCACUGGCAAACGGAUGAGCGUCCUCCCUCGAAUGGCGGACUUGGUCUUCAGACAAACAUUGGCCCGACUACAGGUUCCGGUGGCCCAGUGUUUUGAAGAGGCUGACCGGGAGAUAGCUGCCCUGGCAGCAGAAUGGCGGUGCCCGGUUCUGUCCUAUGACAGCGACUUCUACAUCUUUGACUUACCAGGUGGACUUUUGCCUUAUACUCAUUUCCAUUGGAAGGAGGUGAAACAGAGCGGUUCUCUGAGCUUCAUCCCCUGUAGGAGGUACUACUCCUCCAGCUUCUGCAUCUUCUUUGGACUCCAGCCCCAGCUCCUGCCUACCUUUGCUGCCUUGGCUGGUAACGACUAUGUGAAGCUGAAAGUGGUCAAAUGGGAUGACUUUGCCCCACCUGGCACAGAGACCCCCAGCCGUCUGGAGGGGCUGCUCUGCUGGCUGAAGAACUUUGAGGAGACCCAGGAAGCCUUGGAGGCAGCUCUGGUCCUGAUGGGAGUACUGAACGAGAACAAAAGGGAGGUCCUCCAAAGACUACAUCUAGGGAUGGAGGACUAUCAGCUGCGACCAACCUCUCUGAACAGGUUCUUCCUUCAUGGAGUGCCUCCUGAGAUUCCAGCACUGGAUGAGGAAGCGGACCUUGUCCCAAAUUGGAUGCUGCUGCCUCUGACUCAAGCUCGGCUAUCUUCGCAUAUCCUGGAUGUGCUGCGGCUCCAACAGAUGGGUCUUGGUUUUUCCAUUGAGCAUGAAAAGCUGCCUAGCGCCAACCUGAUCUCCAGGCCAGUCCGACAGGUGCUGUAUGGGCUGCUGCUGGGCAGAAGGAAGCCCAACCUAGUGGACGAAAUCGACAGAGAUGGUCUGGAGGUGACAUCUAUAAAAGUCAAACCAAUAUUGACCAGAACCAGCAAGAAGCUUGUACGAAGCUCACUGCAUGAGGCAGAGCUCUCAGACCGUCUGCAGGUCUUACUGGAAGCUCUGGAAGUGACUGAGGAGUCUCUGAGCCGUCUGCCACCUGAGCUGAAGCUCCCAGCAGCCGUGACCUGCUACUGGCUGCAGAAAGCUCAGCCUACUCCAGACCGUACAAUGCUAAAGGCGCUGCUGCUGGGAAUGUGCAACAGGAGCACAUUAAAGUUCACAGCAGCUUUGCAUAAAAACAGCAGCAAACAGAGGAUGGACAUAAGUGCAGCUUAUGUCUUCAACCAGUGGCAGGCGUCUCUGAAGCACAGCAUCCAUCUCAACCAGCUGCUGGGCUUCCCUCUGCCAGACCCACGUGUUGCAGA